AUGAUCAAGGGAGACCAGCGGCAGCUUGGAGCUCAUGAAGAGCGGUUGAAAGAUCAGAUGAGAGAUGAUCAUCGGGCCUCAGAUGGCAAUUUUUUCAAGUUCUUGCAAAACCAGUCAAGCACAGAAAAAGAGGCUCAAGAAGACAAGAUUGCGUCCACAAGGGCAGAGAUGGGCGAAGUGAGAAAAGAGAACGAGAGGCUGAAGAUGAUGCUAUCACGGAUGGUGGAGGACCAUCGCUCCCUUCAGAAGCAAUUCGACGUUCUCCACCAGCAAGGGCGAGGCAAGAACCUCGCCGUUGGCUCACCGGAUCAUACAUCACCGGUCGACGGCCCCGGGUUCAUCUCUUUGCGCCUUGGAACGAGCGCCGUCAUGAGCAGGCAGAACAUGGGAGAAGAGAUCAAGGACAGCACUAAUAAUCCAGAUGACAAGGGCAUCUUUCUUGGACUUUCAUCAGCCUGUGGAGCUGUUGGUGCAAGAACUGAUGGAAGUGAGACGAAGGUGCGGCCAGAUGUGGUGACAUUGAGCCCUCGAGGCAGCUCCGAGGGGGAGGCCGCGGAGACGACAACGUCAGCCGCAGCAAGCAAGAUGGCGAAGAACCCGAGAAUCACCGUCAGCGGCGCGGAGACGGAGGAGGAGGUGGCCCGGCAGCCACUGGCCAAGAAGGCCAGGGUGUCGGUGAGGGCAAGGUGUGACACACCAACGAUGAACGAUGGGUGCCAGUGGAGGAAAUACGGGCAGAAGAUAUCCAAGGGGAACCCAUGUCCACGCGCCUACUACCGCUGCACCAUCGCAACAGGGUGCCCUGUCAGAAAACAGGUGCAGAGAUGUGCCGAGGACAUGUCGAUCCUCAUCACCACCUACGAGGGCGCGCACAACCACCCGCUCUCCCCCUCCGCAGCCGCCAUGGCCUCCACCACCUCCGCGGCCGCGUCCAUGCUCAUGUCAGGCUCCUCCACCUCGCUCGGCUUCCCCUCCGUCGCCUCCAGCCUCCACGGCCUCAGGUUCGGCCUCCCAGCGGCGACUACCUUCGACCCCUCGAGCCAUCUGAGUGGUCGGCCGUUCUUCCUCCCGGCCGCCGCCGGCGCGUCCAUCAGCGCCACCCCGUCGUACCCCACCAUCACCCUCGAUCUCACCUCGCAGACUGCCUCGCAGCAGGCCUUCUCCCUCAGCAACACCAACAGAUUCUCCUCCAGCUUCCCCGACUCUCACGGACACAGCAGCAGUGCUGGUAGGUACCCUUCCACGAACUUCUCCUUCUCCGGCUCUGGUGCGAGCAGCCUGCCCGGCGCCACCGCGUGGCCGGCCGGCGUUGGAUCGUACCUGAGCUACGGACCCUCGUCCGGCGCGCCCUACAACGGUGUCGGCAAGAACUCAUUCCAGGCCGCGCUGAGCGGCAUCAACGGAAGGCAGCAAGCCUCGGUGGCGUCCCUCUACCAGCCGGCGCAGGUGCAGCAGAGGGCGGCCCAGUUUAGCGGCGGCGGAACAUGCACGACAGCGCCGAUCGUGCUCACCGACACGAUCGCCAAGGCGAUCACGUCGGACCCGGGCUUCCACACAGCGCUCGCGGCCGCCAUCACGUCGUACGUCGGCAAGCCGGCUGCCGGAGGCGGCAAGGGGCUCGAGUGGGGGGAGCACCUCGGGCUGGGCCCGUCGAGUGCGGCGUCCACCGCUUGUUCGUCGCCGUUGCUGGCACGGUCGUCGACGGGGGCGACACAGAGCGGUUCUCCGAACGGGAAGAAGAUGUCGUUCUUGCAGCCGUCGCUGGCACUGUCAUCGGGCUCCGCUAGUGCUACUGCUUCCACCUCACCUGUGAAAAGCAGGGAGCACAUUAAUUAG